AAUCAUACGUCGCGCUUCCGUUAUUUUAAAGCUCGUGAGCUCAGUACGCUUUUUGGAACUGCUGCGAUCAACAUUCAUAUCGAAUUCUUUUCACCGCAAGACUAUUUCAUAAAUGUCGAAGUGCGAACUUUGUGGUGGUGAAGGCAUUUCAGGUACCACAUGUCCUACCUGUGGCCAUGACCCAAAGAAGUAGAACCCUAUGAUGUUCUCUCGGGAGGUUGAAGGUGAGCAUCCUAGCACUUCUCGCGGCCUUUCCUCUUGCCACUCAAGCUAUUAUGAACGCCAUAUUUACGCUCUUAGGGGAUUUGGGGGCCCGAACAUGUAUAUUGCCCAGAGAUGUUCACUUUACUUUUGCAUCUAGUUAGGUGUUGACAAUGGGAUGUUGGAUCUUGACCGUUUAACGAACGUUUUCUCCCGCCGUUUGCGUCGCCAACGUGACAUGUGAACCGUCACUUGCUCCCUGAUCACACCAUCAAUUACGUCACUAACGAAUCACAUUAGGCCACGCGACUCUGGGUUGUCGGGGGGCUGUCCACGCACCGGG